CGGGUCUUGCCCUUAGAUGGUAGAAAACAAGAACAAUCGCACCCCUUCUGGUUUAAUGGCCAACGACAACAGAUACAACCAGCAAUAAUUCACACGUGCCAGUGAGAAUGACAACCUGAUUCAGCAACUAAUAGCGUGUGUGUAUUGCAGGAGGUAUAUUUCAAGACUGCGCCAUCCACGCCCUAGAUUACGUGUGCUGGCUUCUGAGUGAAUAUCCCGAAAGUAUGAAAGCAUACGGAACAGCCAUCAGUGAGGACAUCAGAGACAUAGGAGACUACGAUACUCUCAUCAUUAGCAUGAAAUUUCCUAGUGGGAUACUCGCCACCAUAGACUUCAGCAGGCACGCCGUCUAUGGACUGGAUCAACGUGCUGAAAUAUUUGGAACGAAGGGUAUGGUGACGAAUGAAUGGUACAGGCCAACAGGUGUGAGUCACCAUGAUGAGAAAGGAGCCGCAGCCACACCCAUCUGCUAUGACUUCGAAACACGUUAUAGAGACUCCUAUGCCCUGGAAAUGGAACAUUUACUCAAUAUUUUAGAAGGUAUGUUUCGAAUCAUUAUAGUAUUAAACCAAUAAAAGACAUAUUUUGAUACCAU